ACUAGCUUAACAGCAGUUGUCACAGCUGGGUAGUUGGCUCUCCACAAGUUGAGCGACAGCGGUACGUUGGGAUCGAGCAAGUUGCUGCAUGGAUUUCCCGGAGCUGCAGUUAAAUUAAGACCCAGAAUGCUGAGAAGAGGAUGAAUCUUUCAGGUCAUCUGAGACAUCCACGUUUCUUUGCUGCUGUCCUUCCCCGACAGCCCUCCUGUCCCACUGGGGCACCAUCUGCCUCACCACGCACCCCCCCUUGCCCUUACCCGGGUCCCUACCCCCUCCCCUGCUCCCAGUAGUGGCCACCCCAGAGGGGAGGAAAGGCGAGCCAGCUCCUGUAAAUAUGCCUGGAUGGAGGUCUCAGUGGCGUCUUGUCCUGCUGAACUCCCUGACCUGUGGCCUGGAGAUCUGUGUGGCAGCUGGGAUCACAUACGUGCCCCCACUGCUGCUGGAGGCUGGAGUGGAGGAGCGCUACAUGACCAUGGUGCUAGGUAUUGGUCCAGUGCUCGGCCUCCUCUUUAUACCUCUGAUUGGCUCAGCCAGUGACCACUGCAACAGCAGUUAUGGCAGAAGGCGUCCUUUCAUCUGGCUGCUUUCUUUGGGAGUCCUUCUGGCACUUUUAAUCAUUCCCCACGCUGAUGUCCUGGCUGCCCGUCUUGCCUGGGGUGGGCGCACCCUUCAGGUGGGAUUCCUUAUCCUUGGGGUUGGACUCCUUGACUUUUGUGGACAAGUGUGCUUCACGCCACUGGAGGCUCUUUUGUCUGACCUGUACCGGGACGAGGAGGACUGCGGCCAAGCCUUUGCCAUGUUCUCCUUCAUGGUCAGCUUGGGCGGAUGCGUGGGUUAUUUGCUACCUGCACUGGACUGGAGUCGUGGCCUACUCUCUCUUUACCUAGGAGGCCAGGCCGAGUGCCUCUUCUCCCUCCUCAUCCUCAUCUUCAUCUCCAGCGUACUCAUCACCAUGAAGGUGUCUGAGGAACCCUCGCUCGCCAGCAGUGGCUUGGUGGGGUCUGGAUCUUUACUGGAGUCUGGGGCGGGUGCGUUGGAGGCCCGUCGGUGCAGCGUGCCACGCUCAUGCUGCUACCUGCUGAAGUGCAAGCUGAGGCUGCUGAAGUCUGGUCCCCUGCUUUGCUUACUGAGAACAUGCUGGUCCAUGACCCCAGCAAUCUACAGGAGCUACUGCCAUGUUCCCCGAGUGAUGAGGCAGCUGUGUGUGGCUCAGCUCUGCAGCUGGAUGGCUGUCAUGUCUUUUAUGCUUUUCUACACAGACUUUGUGGGGGAAGGCCUGUACGAGGGCGUGCCCAGUGCAUUACCAGGAAGUGUGUCCAGGCAGAGUUACGAUGAAGGUAUCCGUAUGGGCAGUCUGGGCCUGUUCCUGCAGUGUGCUACCUCAACCUUCUUCUCCCUGGUCAUGAGUCGUUUGGUUCGCCACUUUGGCUCACGAUGGGUCUACCUGAGCAGUAUGGUGAGCUUCACACUCUCUGCUCUGGUCAUCUGCCUGUCCAAAAGUGUGGUCUUGGUCACCGUAAUGGCGGCUCUCACUGGCUAUGCCUACGCCACGCUGCAGACUCUGCCUUACACGCUCACCUGCCAUUACCACAAGGAGAAAGAGGUCUAUAUGCCAAAAAAGAAAACCAAAAGCGUACAUAAAAAUGGUAUAACAACCAAGUGUGACUCUAUGUAUUUGACUCCUGUGGAAGAGGAGGGUGGACGGAACCACAAAACCGGGGCUUCCUAUGGGCAUGCCAUCUUCAGCCAGGACAGUUGUGAGUACUACCCCAGCCCACACAGAGAGAACGGUUCAUCUCACAGCUCCGGUGGAACUGAACAGGAGGAAGCUGAGUUGGGGUAUGAGAAACGUGGCGUGGGUUUGGACUUUGCCAUCUUAGACAGCACCUUCCUCCUCUCUCAGGUUUUCCCCACCCUCUUCAUGGGCAUGAUCGUUCAGUUUGCACAGUCAGUCACUGCCUACAUCGCCUGCUCUGCCAUCUUUGGUGCUGUCGCCAUCUACCUGGCCAGUCAAAUUGUCUUUGACCAUAAGGAUCUCAAAAGCUGAGAUUUAGGUGGAAAAGAUGUGGGAGUGAUGGGAUCAUAAAUAAUCAAUCAGUCAUUCAGGUUCCGUGGAUUGAACUCAGCAAUGCACUACUGUUUCCAGAAUGCCUUGGUUUACGACUGCGUGCUUCAUUUUAUGAAAGCUCUGCAUCAAGGAAGUGUAUGUGUUUGACAGAAAGUGGCUAAUGAAAGAAAAUAUCACAGGAGACGUGUUAUCUGCCAGUCAAGUUUCCGUGAUAAAGCAGGGAUUGUUACCUGCCACCUGAAAAGUCAACACCCACCGUGUGCCCAGGACAGGUGUGUAUCUCUCUGUACUGAUGCUAUUGAAUUCUACAGAAAUAUCUAAAAACUUUUUGUUGCGCCAUCUUCUCUGUCCGUUGUCUUUUUCCUCAGGUACCACCAAACAGAUUUACUGUAGAACUCAUCAACCUCAGAUACACUAACCUUUUUUUUUUUUUAGUCCCGUCCACAAUUUUUAAAACUACAGUUUGUUUAGUACUCAAAAACAACACAUCAAACUCCGUACUGGCUUGUGCGGACUCUUCUGCAGCAUCACUGAGCCAAUCUGGAGACAGGUCAUCAUCUUAUUUAGGCAGGCCAUGUAUUUCCUCAUAAUGGUAGAAUGGAUAGUUCAAUGCGUUGUUUCUACUCAUUCAGAAAAUAGAAUUAUAAGUGGGAUCAUUGGACUUUUCCAACAUGAAAAAUGCACUUAGAGGGGUACUCCAGUGAUUUUAGUAUUGCAACUCCAUACUGUUGGGGGACUUGCAAGAGACAUAAUAUCUUGGUCAGAAUAUCUUGUCUUUCCAUACAACUGGUCAAGCUCCAAAAACGCUGGAUCCUACAUUUCCCAUCAUACGACUUAAUAUCAUCUUUCAUUAGACCUUCUCUACCUGUUAAAUGUCGUCAUCAUUCAAACUUCAUGCCCCUAGUUUGUAACACAGGUUUUAUGUCAAAUAUUUGAAGUAUCAAGCCUAACUCAAGAUAACCCUGCUGACAUCACUAUGCCAUCAUAAGGGUUUCUUUCUAAGGCUUGACAAAGCUCAGAAGAAGUGAUACAACUACUUUACCAGCUGGAAAGUACUCUCAAUAACAAGUAAACUUAUCGUUAGUUGUAAUAUUGGUGGAAUAGCCCUUUAAAAGUUCAGCUAUUGUCAGAUGUUGGCCCCAUCUUUUGCCCCCCCAGUCUAGUGUAAUCUAUUACUUAAUGAAAAAUUAACAGUUUACUGCAAAUACUUUGUAUACAAAUUUACUGUACAUCCCUAUGGGAAUUUAGUUAUGCAACCUGUUGAGGUAAGGAUAUCGACUAUGAUGGUUAAAGAAUGAUUUUGUUUACUGGAACUGGAAUACUGCAUCAGACGUCCUCAGUCUAGAUAAUCAAGAGUAGUCUACUUCAGUUGACUGCUCAUCCUGUCCAACAAUGCUUCUGAUCAGGACAGUCGUCUCAGGCUAGUACCUCGUUUUAGUCUCCCAUCCUGUCCUAAUGCCACUGUUAAAAACACUUUCCCUGCAGCCUAAACACUCGUGUUUUAUUGUAAUCUCAAAUGACAAUCUAGAACAUCCAGAUGGGCUUGUUGUGUAAUGCUGUAUGUAACCAGUAAACAUGUAGGGUGAUGUCUGACAGAAGCCCACUUCAUAGCACCCAUUCCUGAAAAGACCAAAAAAUUCAUGCAGUAAAUGGAAACAUUUGUUUACUGAAAAUGAUGCGAGAGUACGCACUGUAUAUUGAUGAGCUGAAGGCCAAGCCGAGGUGUGUGUGCGCCUGUGUGUGUGUGCGCCUGUGUGUGUGUGUGUGUGUGUGUGUGUGUGUGUAACAUGGAGGACAGACAGUGAAGGUAAACUGAGUAAUAUUUAAGUGUGAGGCUAAUGAAAAGUGAUGUGACUGGAGUGUGUGCAGUUUUUCCCAGUGGUUACAACAAACAGAAUUGACCUUAGCCCAUAUGAUGCUGUAUGUUACAGGAUAUUGUGGCCUUCAGUUGAGCUUUUAAAAUCAGCCAGUUGGUGUUGGCACCAUGCUUGUGUCGCAACUCGUAAGUGAGUCCAUAUGAGCAUUUUGUUUCCAGGUUGUCUGAUCCUACACUAGGGGUGAUUAAUUCGGUUCAGCAAAUGCAAAUAGUCCUGAAGGAUCUUAUUGCCUGAGGUGCGCUCAGCAUGAGAGAAGACGGCAGAGGAUUUGUUUGUCAUGUUGUUACUUCUGCUGAGUAGAAUGCAUAAAAAAGAGAAAAAGAAUUAUCCUUUCGACUCGAUAAUGAACAGGAAAUUAUUGCCUAGCAGUAGCUGAAGUGUCCGAAAAAGGUUGUUUUACAAGUGCCUGUACAUUUUUCGAAACAUUUUUUGUACAUAUGUAUUUAUUUAUUAUGCUUUUAUUACAAAAUAGCACGUAUUAAACUAUUGGCCUCUUUGGCAUCUUUCAUAG